CAGUUCUCUAAUUCAACCAGCAAAUCUCUUGUCAACUCAAAAGCAAGGGUUCUCAAAUUACAAUAUGGUAUUUUUAUGUAAUCCUUUCUCUUGAACAACAUGGAUGAGGAUAGCUUUCACAUGCCCCCACUGGAAAACAUACAGAUAUUUAGAGCUACUAGAGAAGUAAAUCCAAACUACAAUGGAAUUUCUUCAAGCAGGAGCAGCUUUGGUGAUUCAUGUGGUGUAGAACCCCAGGAUGCAGAUUACUCCUAUAUUCCCCAGCUCAGUGAUGACCUAGAGAAUUUGAUUUUGGCUCGAUUUCCUAGACUAGAGUAUUGGAAACUUUACUUGCUAAACAAGCACUUUUUACAUCUUCUAAAAAGUGGUGAGUUAUUUAGAAUUAGGAGGGAAAUCGGGCUUAAAGAAUCAUCUAUAUUUAUAUCACCUAUUGGGGGCAAUUGUUGGUGGGCAUUUGAUAGGCUAUUCAAGUCUUGCAGAAAGCUUCCAGAGUUACCAUCAUCAGAUAUGUCCUUUAUAAAUGGAGAUAAGGAAUCACUUUGUGCUGGGAGCCAUUUGAUUGUGUCAGGCAGGGAGACUGAAGGUUCUGUCGUGUGGAGGUUUGAACUGGAAACAAGUAAAUGGUUUAAAGGUCCUUCCAUGAUCGAUCCUAGAUGUUUGUUUGCGUCUGCCACCUGUGGUACCUUUGCUUUUGUAGCUGGUGGGAUUGGGAUGGAGACCAAAGUCUUGAAUUCAGCCGAGAAAUAUAAUCCGGAGACUAAAUCAUGGGAGCUGCUCCCGAGGAUGCAUCAGAAGAGGAAGCUUUGCUCAGGUUGCUUCAUGGAUAACAAAUUUUAUGUAAUUGGAGGGAAAGAUGAGCACGACAAUGAACUCACCUGCGGGGAGGCUUAUGAUAAGGAUAAAAACACAUGGGAACUGAUCCCAGACAUGUUGAAAGAUGAUACCCCAGUUGCAACAAGCCAAUCUCCACCCCUUGUUGCGGUGGUGAACAAUGAGCUUUACUAUCUCGAAACAUCUUCGAAUCAGCUGAGGAUCUACCUUAAGAGCAGCAACAUAUGGAAGAAGUUGGGACCAGUACCAGUUAGAGCUGAUCUUCAUAGAGGAUGGGGUGUGGCAUUCAAGUCUCUAGGCAAUGAGCUGCUGGUGAUUGGAUACUCCUCUUCCUCCAUUCCAAGUGGUGACAUGACUAUCUAUACCUGCAGCCCACAGCCUGGCACCGAGGAGGAAUUGCAAUGGAGGUACAUUGAGGCCUGCAAAGACAGGCUUAAUUUCUUUCUUCUGAACUGUUCUGUUAUGGUAGCUUGAAUUUGUACUCGUAUCGUUUAACAGGCUUUACUGAAUAAAAAGCUGCCAGAUUGUGUAUUUUUCAUUGGGUCCCCUCCAAAACUUUCUGAA